AUGAUUGAUGACGUCGAGGAUGUGAGGAUUUCCUCUUUUCAACCAUUUGAAACAAUUUCUUUAGCUGCGAGACAGCGCGAAAAUGAUCGUCUUAGUCAGAGUCGUGUAAUGUACUUUGACGAAGACAUGGUAGAUUCAGUCUCUUUGACAACUUUGGAACGACCAAAAAAGCUGUCUCCUGAUCCAGGCGUGAUAAAACUUCACGGAUUUCUGCCAUCGGAUUCUUCGUGGGUUUCUCCUCAUGCUUCAGAAACAAGUCCAGCUGAUGUGGGGUAUUCAACGUGCCGCUCCAAGUCCUCAUUAUCUGCACCGUCCGUUUCUUCUGCAUACCUUACGGAUGAAAUGACGCCAGAAUUUGCAUUUACUCAGUACCAGCGGCGCUCUGAGGACCAAGCUUGUCAAGUUUGCGGUCAGCCCUCAGUCGGCUUUCAUCAUCGCGCUUACAAGUUUUUCACUCGCCACCUGACCAACCGAAUCAAGAAGGACAAGCCAGCCACCGCUGACGGCGAGCCAUCGAAACCAACCCACGGCGACGUCUACGCGGACUUGAGCGUCGCCUGUCCGAUGGGCGGGAACUGCAAAAUCGAGGGACCCGGCAGAGGAAAGUGCCCCCACUGCCGCUUCCGGAAGUGCCUCGAUCUUGGCAUGAGUCUUACACACGCACCACCGGUCUGGGGCUGCGUGGUGCCCUGUAGCGUCUCCCCUAACCUCCCCUCGCCCCCGCCUCCCCAACUUGCUUUCGAACUUGCAACGCCUUCGAAGGGUGAAUUACGCAACGCCUCGGCAUAUGGUGCUGCUGUCGAAGCGUUCGCGUCUGACUUGACGCAGACGAUGGCUCUGUGGCGCGCUACCCCCCACUUCUGUCGUGCACGCGUCGUUUCCGAUCUCCACCCCCACCCCCGGCCAUUCUAUUUCUGGUGUGACCUCGUUCGCGUGAAUGCACCCCCUGGCGGUGAACUCGGCUGUGAUGUCUCGAAGAUACCCUGCCGGGUGUGCGGUGGUCCCUCGUCCGGCUUCCACUUUGGGGCUCUGACCUGCGAGGGCUGCAAGGGCUUCUUCCGGCGCACAGUCCACUCCAGCAGCAUCCCGCAGUGUUUGGGCAACCAGACCUGCCGCAUUACUCCGUCCAACCGCAAUAUGUGCAAGAGCUGCCGCUUCAAGAAGUGCCUCGAAGUGGGCAUGUCGCAGAAACGAAGCCGUGUUGGACGCCAGCCGAAUGCCAUCAAGUACUACUGCGUUCGAGAGAUAUCCCAGCGCGAGCAGAAUGGUGCUCUUCCGUCUCCGGACGAGUCGAUUUACCCCAAACGCCUCGCCACCCAAACUCACCCUCCCACCGGUGUAUCCCCUACCUCUCCAACUCAACUCCAGUCCAGUCUUCGGCUGCCGAGUCCCGUGAAGCGAUCUCAUAGCAGCUUCGAUUUGAUUGGUGCUGCGGUGCCGGCAGCUACGACGACGUCAGUGGACUUGGUCGCCGGGGACGGUGGUGGAUCGAGGAGUCGAGCUUCCACGCUGAGUACUUCAUCUGGCGUCUCGUCGUCCAGCGUAGGCUUCCAGAACCGUCUGGACCCCCAACAAACCUCUCCGGUUAUCUCGUCUUCGUCCUCGUCAAAGGGAUUCAAGCCUGGAGACCUGCGAGAAUUCGACGUCGGCGUGGAUGCCUUGGAUGGUAGCUUCUGUCAGCAGCUCGCGUCGGUGCCUAUGGCGAGCUCCUUCGCUAACCAGUUUCUCUUGAACCCUCAAUUCGCGGGUGGGAGCUGCUCCUCGCAAUUCCACCACAAUCAACCCACUCCGACGACGGAGUUUCUGCGCCAACUCGCCAAACACCACCCCUCAAUGGUGGCGGCAGCAGCUGCGAGUUUGCUCUGGGGCAACCCCCCCGCUGGGUCCAUGUUCGAGUCCGGCCGUGGCCAGACCGGCCCCUCCUCGCCUCCCCACCCCUGCUGCUCGCAGAGGUUCCACCUUCAGCAUCCGCAACCGGCGACCGCCUUCCAGCCUGUCGCCACGACCUCCCGAUCGGAGUCGGGCGGUGUUCGGGCGAACGAAGAACGCGCCUCCACCGAUGCCGAGUCGAAUCGGAACGAUCUGGCCGCAAGUCAGCGCCUUCACGGAGACGUUGUGCGAGCGGGGUCUGAGGCAGCUUCGUGUGUGCGGGAUGGCAUCAUGACGAACGUCUUCGUGAGUCUAGCGGAGUUCACCCAGGCAAUCGAACGAGCCGCCGACUUCCUCAAAUCCGAGCGACUACGGCUGAAACGAUUUCGAAAUGACGCCAAACCCAGGUUCACCAUAGCCGACACGGCUGAACGCGUUUGGUCGCAAAUGAUGCGGCAGUUCGUCUCGCACACGAGAAUGGUCGUCGACUUCUCUAAACUCAUUGCAGGUUUUAACCGUCUCGGCAUCAACGAUAGACGGCAACUCAUCCGCGCUGCUAUGUACCCUAUCAUGCUGAUCGAAUUGAGCAGGGAUUUUCAGAACAACGGCUCCCUCUCCUACAACUACUUCGACUUUCCAUCAGUUCAAAUCCUUAAAAUACGGCCGCAGGCGCUUGUUGGCUGCUUCCACACACCCACUUUCUCUGUCAUCAUCCUAAUCAUGUCUCUCCAGAUCGCAGAUGAGCACGAGCGGGACGUAAUCAUCCAUCACUUCCCUCCCCUUGUGAAAAUCGUCUCCCACCUCGUCCAAUCCGGCAAAGUGCUCCAGCACUUGAAGUUGGAUGACAAAGAAAGCACCAUCAUAUGCAUCCAGGAGCUUCUACGGCACAAGAACGAGCUGGAGGAUCCGGCUUCGUGUGAGCACCUCUUCCUUCUCUCGAUGCAGGCUCUGGUGAAUCACGAGCAGCGAAAAUCCAAAUCCGACGCAGCGAGUGAGCGCCUCACGACCUUCACCCAGCUCCUGCCAAUGCUGAACCAAUUGAACGCGGAGCACCACGAAGUGUUGGGCGAGAUUCGCUCGACGUACCCCCACCUCGUCUUCCCCGAGCUCUACACGGAGAUGUUUGCCAUCGGCGCGGAGAAGCCGCCGCAUUUCUUCCAAGCCGAUGCCAGCUGCAGUGGCCUGUGA